AUCAAGCUUGAGCUCCCCUGUCUCUCAUAACCUUCCCCUACCAAGCUCAUACACGAACGCGUCUGCUCAUCUACCAAGCUCAACAUGUCUCCCCGUAACAGCGUCAACGGCAAGCCUCGAAGUGAAGGCGAAGAGUUGGAUCAUGUCCAUCCAACCCGGAGCAUCCCCAUCUCGCCAGAGCUAUUCGAGCAGCUUUAUCUUCAGCCACAGAAUAGGGUGAAGGGAGACCUCCGAAAGACCUUCGGCAAUCCUACGCCAGUCGCUUUGGCUGGGUUUUUGAUGUGCUCCACGCCAGCAUCCAUGGGCCUACUCGGCUGGCAGGGAGCUGGUGGCUUUGCUGCCGCUGCGAACGUUGGUGCCUACUUUGGCCUUGGUGGUGUUCUUCUUGUAUUGGGAGGUAUUGGUGAAUGGAUUCUCGGAAACACCUUCCCGUCGACCGUCUUCUUCACCUUCGGAGGUUUCUGGCUUGCAUUCGGUACAACUGUCGUCCCUGACUCUGGUGCCUACAGCACGUAUUCGACCGACGGUACCGCUGCAAAUGGUCUCACUCAGCCUCAAUUCUACUCGACUUUCGCAUUUUUCCUGAUUGCCAUGGCCAUUCUAUGCACAAUCUAUUCUAUCGCCAGUAUUCGAACAAACGUCGCUCUGUUCUCCAUCUUGCUCUUGCUUGUUCCUUGCUUCUCUUGCCUUGCCGCUGCCUUCUUCGCCGUUUCUCAAGGGAAGGCUAACCUUGCGCUCAAGUGCCAGCAUGCUGGAGCGGGCUUGUUGUUCGCUCUAUCGUUGAUCGGCUGGUAUAUGUUCAUGUCUAUUCUGCUCAUGUCCGUCGACUUCCCCAUCAUGCUACCCCUGGGCGAUCUCUCGACCAUCAUCCGCGGCAAAAGUGAUGCAAAGAAGGAUGCAAGCAAGACAGUUUAAAAAGGAUCACAUGGCUUUAGGGGUAUUGCCGUGUCGAUGGGAGGACCCGCUGUUACAUUGGGAAAGGAGACGUUGAUAAUUCAGAACCUGGAUAGGAUCACGUCUUAUAAAAAUCCUUUUUGCCGUCGUAUAUUGCUUUUUGAGCUUACAUCCACGUUUUGAGGCUUGUUUAUAAUGGACCAAUAUGUAAUUACUGUCAAUAUGACGAAGCACAAAGGGCGUUUCUAUAAUGUUACAAGUGAUUUGCUUCUAA